CCUUGAGAGGUUUACAGAAGCUUAGCAAUGAGGACCUCAACCCAAAAUCCUCCCGUAACCACACCUGCAGCACAAAGUAUAAAUGAGUCAGAAUGAGCCAAACAGGACAUCGAUCUUCUCUCCGUAGAAUCGUGAAGAUGAGUCACUUCGCCAGCCUGCUGAUGCUCCUCCUGCUCGGGCUCUCUCAGUCUUACCGGCUUGAUAACAUCCAAGAGCAAGAUGAGGAAGACUCGGUCGACAUCUCCGACAAAAUCCUCACCGCCAAUAACGGCUCUGAAGAGCUCCUCCUAGAAGGAGAUCUGCUGGUUCCCAGAACGAGGAACGCCCUGAAGUGCUGGGAUCAGAGCUGCCUGUGGAAGAAAGCUUCCAACGGCCUUGUGUCGGUCCCUUACGUGGUGAGCCGAGACUUCCCCGCCGGGGAGAAGAUGAAGAUCGAGACAGCCAUGAGAUCCUUCCACGGCACCACCUGCACCCGCUUCGUGCCCUGGACCGGCGAGUCCGAUUACGUCAGCGUGGAGAACAAAAAAGGUUGCUUCUCGGCUCUGGGAAGGGUUGGCGGCAAGCAGGAGGUGUCCAUCAAUCGCGGCGGCUGCCUCUUCCACGGCAUCAUUCAGCAUGAACUCAUCCACGCUUUGGGCUUCCGGCACGAGCACACCAGGAGUGACCGUGACGGCUACGUCAGGAUCAACUGGGAGAACAUCGACCCGGAGCAGGCCUUCAACUUCAACAGGCAGGACACCAACAACCUGAACACCCCGUACGACUACACCUCCGUCAUGCACUACGGGAAAACGUCCUUCAGCAUUAACGGGAAGGAUACCAUCACCCCCAUCCCCAACGCCAACGUCCAGAUCGGCCAGAGGGCUGGCAUGUCCCGAUUGGACAUCAAGAGAAUCAACCUUCUCUACGACUGUUAGAACAACACAAGUCGUCUCUUGAGUAUCUUCUCAAUAA